ACAGGAAGUCACAGUCCAAAGUGCUGUCAGUCGUGUUAUUCGCUGGACAGUUUUACGUGUCAUUAAAAGUCCGUGCUGGGUCGGUUUGAUCUUGGAGAAAAUGUCCACGGUGAUUCCUCGCAUCGAGCAGCUGUCAUCGAGAGUGGUGCGUGUUCUAGGCUGUAACCCGGGACCCAUGACACUGCAGGGCACCAACACAUACCUGGUCGGGACUGGCAGAAGGCGAGUGUUAAUUGACGCAGGAGAGCCCGCGAUACCAGAGUACAUUGCCAGUCUGCGUGAGGCGCUGCAGCAGCACGGGACCUCCAUACAGCACAUUCUGAUAACACACUGGCAUCAUGACCACACUGGUGGAGUACAAGACAUUCUCGCAAACUUUCACGCAGAUGCUGACCUGAGGGUCAGUAAGCUCCCUCGGUAUCCUCCGCAUGAAGAAGGCAUUGGAGAGGAGAAGAAAUAUUCAUAUCUCAGUGAUGGUGAUGUGAUAAAGACAGAGGGGGCAACAUUACGGGUGUUGUUUACUCCUGGUCACACAGAUGAUCACAUGGCAUUACUUUUGGAGGAAGAGCAAGCCAUAUUUUCAGGUGACUGUAUUCUGGGAGAGGGCACUGCUGUGUUUGAGAACCUCUAUGAUUACAUGAAAUCACUGCAGAAGCUGCUCAGCGUGAAGGCUGAUCUCAUAUAUCCAGGUCAUGGACCAGUUGUGCAGAAUGCAGGAUCUAAGAUCUGUGAGUACAUAACUCACCGGAACGCAAGAGAACAGCAGAUCCUAAAGGUUCUACAGGAGAACAGCAGAACUGCGUUCACCUCCAGCCAGCUGGUUAAAGUGGUUUAUAAGGAGACUCCUGAACACCUGCACAGAGCAGCAGAGGUUAACUUGAUGCACCAUUUAAAAAAACUUCACAAGGAAGGAAAGAUCUGCUUUGCUGAAGACUCGAGUGAAAAAAAGUGGAAGAGUAAUUUGUGAUUUUUACCUAGAGCACACAUCAUCAUCAGUGUCUUAAAAAAAGGUUCACAGUGGACUUAGAUGGUGUUUAUUUGGUUUUGAAGAUGUUUCUUUUUUGUGGAAACAAUUGUUCAUAAUUUUAAUCUACAUACAGGGUGCAGCAAUCAUUAAACUGGAUGAACAAA